AUGGCGGACUCUGCCCUCAUAAACGCUGUCCCUCGCAGUCCGUUCGAGACGCUACUCAACUUUCGGGAUGUGGGGGAGACGGUCAACAUCUUGCAUGGUUCGCCAAUCCUCCGACCGGGUGUACUCUUUCGGAGCGCGCAACCCUCCACCGCAUCAGACGAAGAGCUUGCCGUUCUGACGAACAAGUACAAGCUCAAGAGCGUACUCGAUUUACGCACGCAGUCCGAGCUGGAUGUUGCUGCCCGCGCACGACAAAACGCGCACAUCACGGCCGACUUCAGCUCUCUGAACUCCACCACGUCUUCCCCAUCUCCGACCGGGUCAAUCAAUGUACCCAACACCAGCACCUACUACGCCAGUCUCACGGGACGCGCCUUCCAGCUAAUGCUACUCUGGCGGCUCAGCUGGCGGAGCAUGGGUCGCCUAAUCUACAACAUGUCGACUGGCAAUCGCCUCGCGGGCAUGGCCAUCAUUGGCUCUGAGGCCAUGGCGCCCCGCGGUCUUCUCGGUCUGGCUACCGACACCCUCACGUCCUCUUCCGCCGAGGUCAGGAGCAUGUUCACCCUGCUUGCUGACCCAGCGACCUAUCCGAUCCUUGUUCAUUGCACCCAUGGCAAGGACCGUACUGGAAUCACCAUCAUUCUUCUGCUGCUGCUUUGCGAGGUUGAUCUCAAUAUCAUCAGGGCGGACUACAUGGCCACGGAACGCGAGUUAGAGCCGGCCAUGGAUAAGAGGUUGAACGAGCUUCACGCGCUCGCUCUGCCGGACGAAUUCCUCGGAUGUCCGCCAGGAUUCGUCGGCGGUGUGGCUGCAUGGCUGCAGGAGCAGCAUGGAGGGAUCGAAGGCUACCUACAGAAUAUCGGCGUCAACAGUGAUACAAUGACGAGACGUUCGAAUGAGGUCGUGAAGGUCGUGACACUGCAACUGCAGCUGACGCCGCUUGGACCAGAAAUUCGUGGGAACUUGUCGGGUCUCAUCCCAAUUAGGCAGCGGCAAAACGCCUCAACUGACUGCGGACUGUACAGGCGAUACUUCCAUCCUCUAUCCCGCGUCCCAGGUCCCCUCAUGGCUGCUUUGACGGAUUACUAUGUUAUGUACUAUGAAGUCGUCAAAGACGGCUCAUUAGUCGACCAACUCGAGAAGUUGCACGCAAUAUACGGCCCUGCCGUAAGGAUUGGCCCCAAUUCAGUGCACUUCAGCAAUCCGGACGUCUACGACAAGAUCUACACCCGAGGCACGGCCUUCGUGAAAGAUAUCGCUCUGUACCGUGGCUUUCCCGAGGAAACCACCUUCGGAAGCGCGGACCCCGUCUUCGCGAAAGCUCGCAGAGAUGCAAUCAGCCCUCUAUUUUCUCGUCGUGCUGUUUCUAAGCUGGAGCCCUUCGUACGCGAGAAGGUUGACAAAAUGACGGAGAAACUUGUUCAGCAUGACGAGCGCCGGCCAGUCGAUUUGUUCAGAGCAUUCAGGGCGGUCAGCCUCGAAGUCAUAUUUUCCUACUGCUUCGGAGAACCCUGCAAUGCACUCGACGCGUCUAAUUUCGAUGACCCCCUUCUUGCCGAUCUCGCUUCCUUCGCUCGCAUGAACAUGGUGUUCAAGGCCUUUCCUGCGCUUGUUCCGCUAGUUCAGGCCAUCCUCACUAAAAUUCUCAAACCCUUCGGUCGACGCGUAGCCGGGCGCUCCUUGCUUACGGACAAACUAUUAGCGCAGAUCGAUCUACUCCUGGAAAGCCCUGCCUUGCUCGAGGAUGCGCCUCACGAAACGGUUUAUCACCACCUUAUAUCAACGGACUCCGGCGAGGCUUCUGUGGAGACGCCGUCGCGUCAGUCACUCCUCGGCGAAGCCAUCAACCUGCUGCUCGCGGGAAAUCAUACUGUCGCAGCCGCGUGCGCCGUGGGGUGCUACCACAUUCUCAGCAACAAAGACAUUCUUCACAAACUCGUUGUUGAGCUCAAGAAUGCGAUCCCGCAGCCUUCGAGCUUGAUUGAGUUCGACGUGGUGGAGAAGUUGCCCUACUUGACCGCGGUUAUCAAGGAGUCCCUGCGCCUCUCCCAUGGUGUCGUAUCACCCAUGCUUCGCAAAGUCAACACGGAUGGGAUGGUGCUGGAUGGUAUUGCCGUUCCUCCGGGCACCACAGUCGCCAUCGGGAACACCUUCGUGCACCUCAAUCCAGACAUAUUUCCCAACCCUCACACCUUUGAUCCCGAGCGCUGGCUUCAGGGCGACUCGGCCAUUCUGGAAAACUACCUGGUCCCCUUUUCGAAAGGCCAGCGAAAUUGCGUGGGGAUGAACCUGGCCUGGUGCGAGUUAUAUCUCAUCUUCGCCAGCGUAUUUCGCAGGGUAGAUCUCGAGCUUCACGAUAGCAGCCCAGAGGACAUGAAGUUCAAGGCGCACUUCGUCGGCACCUUUCGAGGCAAUCCCGUCCGAGCAUUCACCAAGCCGAUGACAGCCUGAACCCUCACCUUGCGCCCCGCUACUCCAUUCAAGGAGCCUGCGAAACGAGUGCGGAUCUCUGAAGAGUGCAAAGCUAUGGAAUUUCUACAUGAUGUAUUACUAUGUACUAUAUCGCACCCAUGCUACAGAGGUAUAAAUGACGAGACUAC